AUGAGAACUCACAAUGAAGGAAGAAUUUUUACUUGCACACAGUGUGGGAAAGGUUUUGCUAAAAAACACAACCUUAACAUCCACAUGAGGAUUCAUGCUGGAGAGAAACCUUACACAUGCACAGAAUGUGGUCAAAGUUUCCCAUAUAAAACCACAUUCAAUAGCCACAGGAGAAUUCACACAGGAGAGAAACCUUACAGAUGCACAGAGUGUGGUAAAAGUUUCACACAUAAAAGCACAUUCAAUAACCACAGGAGAAUUCACACUGGAGAGAAACCAUACACAUGCACAGAAUGUGGUAAAAGCUUCACGCAUAAAAACACACUCGAUAACCAUAAGAGAACUCACACUGGAGAGAAACCUUACAGAUGCACUGAUUGUGGGAAACGUUUCCCAUAUAAAAGCACAUUCAAUAACCACAUGAGAACUCACACUGGAGAGAAGCCGUUUGCCUGCACUCAGUGUGGAAAGAGUUUGGCAAACAAAAGCAAACUUACGAUUCACAUGAGGAUCCACACUGGAGAGAAACCAUUCACAUGCACUCAGUGUGGGAAGAGUUUCAACCGCUCAUCACACCUUAAUAUACACAUGAGGAUCCACACUGGAGAGAAACCAUUCACAUGCACUCAGUGUGGGAAGAGUUUUAGCCAAUCAUCAUACCUUAAUCUACACAUGAGGAUCCACACUGGAGAGAAACCAUUCACAUGCACUCAGUGUGGGAAGAGUUUCAACCGCUCAUCACACCUUAAUAUACACAUGAGGAUCCACACUGGAGAGAAACCAUUCACAUGCACUCAGUGUGGGAAGAGUUUUAGCCAAUCAUCAUACCUUAAUCUACACAUGAGGAUCCACACUGGAGAGAAACCAUUCACAUGCACUCAGUGUGGGAAGAGUUUCAAUUGCUUAGCACACCUUAAUAAACACAUGAGGAUCCACACUGGAGAGAAACCAUGCACAUGCACUCAGUGUGGGAAGAGUUUCAGCUGCUCAUCAGACAUUAAUAGACAUAUGAGAAUCCACACUGGAGAAAAGCCAUUCACAUGCACUCAAUGCGGGAAGAGUUUCAGCCAAUCGUCAUCCCUUAAUCACCACAUGAGGAUCCACACUGGAGAGAAACCAUUCACAUGCACUCAAUGCGGGAAGAGUUUCAGCCAAUCGUCAUCCCUUAAUCACCACAUGAGGAUCCACACUGGAGAGUGAAGGAAUAAAAUUAUAGUCUAAUGUUUCUUUUGAAUGAUAUAUAUGUGCUCAUGCUUAUAAUGCAUGUGUUUGCUUGAACCAUGAUAAUCUAAUGAGCCCACGCAAUGAUAUGAUGAGACAUUCUGUUUGACCUUAAAAUGAGACAGGAACUUUCCACACCUAUAAUGUCAAAUAACUAAAUCUGUAACAAACAAGUCUUGCAGAAAGUCCCUGUCUGGGUUGCAGCUGUGACGUGUGACUUUUCUACACAGAAAGGAGAACUGGAGCAGAUGAGGAAAAUAUUGCUUUAUUGUCUUACUAAUCACUCUUUUCUUUUGAUAUAUUUUUGCUAUUGGAGGAAUAUACUCCCAUUUGCCUCACUGUUCAUAAUUUACAAUAUGUGUUUUUGUCAGAUAUGAUGAUGUCUCCUGAUAUAGCAUACUUCUACUUAACCCCUGUAAUAAUGCGUUUCUAACUAACUGCUAAAACCACAAGAGCUGUGUGUGGGUGCUGGCUGGAGACAGAUCUGCAAAAGUGCUUCCCCUAGAUGGGUGCAUACACAGGUCAAGAGUUCAUAGACAGGACUAGGAGGAAAGGCAGAUGUGGUAGAUGCAGCAUUUUUAUACUGCUCUCUGUGUAUGCGUGAUGUAUGAUGCUUUAAUAAAAUUGAUAUUAUCCUGAUAAUUCUAUAAGGAAGUUAUGAUGCUCAGCUGUGCUUUGAUGAUUUUUUGCUACAGUUGCUUGCUGCACCCCAGAUGUCAGUAGUGUCAAGUAUGUCAAGGAGAAGUGAUACUUUCACCUGCCCUUUUGUUUCUGUGUGCAGAGGUAUCUGUGUGUGCAGACCACAUACUUUUGAGAGAUGAUUCUGCCUGAAAACAGCUGAUGGCAACAAUAGAGAUUGGGGGUAACUGAUCAGAGGAGUGGCCAAAAAGAUUGAACGCUGCUGAUGGAUAAAAGGAGGGAGUCGAGAGAGUUCGAGAGCUUUUGGACAUCCAGACUGCUUGGCUGACGGUUCUUCAAAAGCCCAGGAUCCUGACCUUCGCUUUAUUCACUUAUGCUCGAUAAACAAAUUCAUUGAUUUUGAUUAAUUGACUCCUGACCGAUUAUUGAAUUGGGGUGGACUAAGGCAAGUGAGAAAUAGUCCAACAAAACAGAAAAGAUAUCUCCGUAAUUACUUAACAGUUAAGAAAUAACAUACAAAAACAGUUCAGUUAUGACAAAUACACACUC